AUGGACCGCCUGCAUCAAGAACUGGCAACGCUGCCCGGGCUAGCGCACCUUUCGGCUUCACAGCUGCGCGAUAUGCCAUGGAGAGUCAAGGAGAUGGUGUUUGUAGCACUCUUUCGAGAGCAAGUGUCUUCAAGUACAGUAGCGGACGAACUGUAUAUCAAGAACAGAGAUCGUAAAUUGGAGCGUAAGGCGGACAAGCUGCUCGACGACGUAGAUCGAGCUGCGGCGCGGAAGAAGGAGGAGAGCUAUCGAGCGGACUUUAUGCAAGUGACUGCUGCGGAGCUGGCGAGACUGGGAGCGCCGGCGUUGAUUACGUGGCAGAAGCUUGUGUUUGACAAGGAAUGCUGCGCACAGGCGUUUCGACUGUUGCUUACGCGGAUCAAAUCGUCGCGACGGAGUGUGGCUAGCGGAGUUAGCAUCAAUAGUUCAUCACUACUUGCAGCACGCUAUGCUGCUGGGUCGCGUCACAGCGAAAGAAGUCGACAUGGAAGUGACAAUAAUGCACUGGAUAACGAUGAUCAUGGAGAAAAACAAAACGACACCACUGAAAAUGAAGAAGCUGAAGAUCGCAUUAGGUUUCCCCCUUUGAAACCGACUCCAGAUCCCGUUCGUCGGCUCUCAGCUACUCGAAAGAAAGGAGUCAGCUCUACUUCCCGGUCCACCACCAGCAACAAGAGCAUAGGGCUGGAUUGGAACUUUGACACAACGAUUGACACACCUCCUGAAGAAGACGAGCUUCACGAUGAUACUAUCCAUAGGUCAUCUGAGAGAACCACCCAGAUAGAGCGAACGAUCCGUCACCAGACAGGAGCUGGUAUUUCAAUCGAGCGGACAUUCCCAAGCAAGGCGUCGUCCUUUGCGUCGAAGUUCAGAAAGAACGCGUUGCAAGCCUUGCAAGAAGAAAACACCGCGUUAUCAAGCGAGAAUGCCAAAUUGCGGGACGAAGUGAAGCAACUGGAGGCUCUGAAUGUCGUGCUCCAGUGUGACAAUUCCAACAACAGAAUGCUGGAUGUUCAUCUGGAUUCAGUCGAGUUUGCGCAGAAACGAAUGAGACUAUUGCAGGCACAGAACGUACAACUUCAGCGACAAGUAACUCUACUACAAGAGGCAAUGCAGGCCCAUGAAAACGCCGAAACGAAUUUGAUGUCUGCGCUGAACAACUGGCGCGAUGUGAUUGAAGCUGCAAAGGAAGAAGCUAGAGCUGCUGGUGCCGACCAGAACGCGACAGACUCACCGACUGAGCCAGAAGAGACUGGAACUCGACAGCCCAUCAAGUGGGUGUUGGCUGUGCCUGAUACACUCCUGGAUGAACUGAAGCGAGUGGAAGGACAGAUUCGAGGAGCAUCAAAGGCUGCGAAUGCCUGUUUCGAGACAAAGCUCCGUGUGAGUCCGUUGUCAGCCUCAUUCUUGCGUAUCGAGGACACUUCGCUAAAGAUGAGUGAGAUCUACAAUGGAGGACCAUUGAGUCUGGCACACCUACGAAUUGAAAGAGUGAAGCAGCUAGAGAAUGCGCUUGCCUCUGUGUCAACGCAGCUGGACGAAUUGAGUGCUCAAGUGUUGCAGCGUUUCCCUCCGAAAGUCUCAACCACUGAUCCACUGCGCUCGCGUGCGUAUGAACUGGGAAGGAGUGUGCGAGAAUUGCUUCUUGAAGUUGGGGCUUUUGGUGUUGUGGUGCCGACGCCGUCGACUAAAAAUGCUGCUGCAAUAAUCGAUGAGGGUGUUACAAUUGGAGAUAUUAUGAAGGUGCUGUCGUUGACUACAGGAAGAGGAUCACAAGGUGUGAAAGAUCGCGAGAAGCAAGCAAAAAUGAUGCUGAAGCAGCUUCAUGCAAGGCAUGCUGCUAUUACGAACAACCUGGUUGCCGCUCGGAGGGAGGCAGAGUACUGGCGAACUGCUUGGCUUACGCAGGAUGAUAUUCUCCGCAGGUUGGCCAAGCGUGUACGUAACCUUGGACAGAAGAAGGUGGAGUGGUGUCAGCAUUAUUUAUUGAUUCCCAUGGUGAACUUAUCUGAGGUGUUUACCUCGUUUCAACAAGCCUAUGAUGAGAACACAACUCGUCCGAAUCCGUACUUGCCGCUACUAGUGGAGACUUUGAGCAUGGAACACCCGAUGCUGCAGGAUGCACUGCAACAGUGGCGCGAGUAUUCGAAGGAUGUUCAACUGAAGAUGGAUGAGUUGAUUGCCGACUACGAAGCCAACCGACUUGUUCUCCUCGCGUCUUCAGAUGAUCCGGCUACGUCAGUGUCCACAUUGGACGCCGAUACCCUCUCCUGUACGAGUCAACAAGUUCCAGUACGUUGAGCGUAAAUAACAGAGUGACGCGUUUGGUGAGAGCUCAGCUUUCUGAAACUUCAGCUUCGCUCUGUGGGAAUGUUUUCCAAUGCGACCAUAAUAGAGUCGUCAAGUGUGCACACGAGAACCGUGACGUUUGGCGGGCCUGGAAGAUCGUGGAGCCCUGUGCAAGUGCUACCACCACCCAACUACAGUGAGCACCGGAACAACGUAACGCUCUUGCGGGCAAGGAUCGCCAUAGUUUUGUUCUUGAGCUUGUGAGGUGCGGAAAGACUCCGGCAGAUAUCGAGCACAUCACGAUCAGCAUCUUCGAUGCUCCACUUGCUACUGCCGAAUGAGAAACCGUAGACACGGUAGCCAGGACCGCGUUGGGCUCCCGCAUUUCGCUUUGGUCACACUUAUCGAGCAUCUUAUUCUGCUGACACAACCAGGAGUAUCGCCGGUCAAUUCAUUUGAAUCUUGUCGCCGAUCAUUUGAAGUGUUUGGCGCCAGCAUUUCAUGUGUUAUACCAACAACAACAAAAACAUCAGGAUACCAUACCUGGUAAAUUUUCAUCUAAUGUAAAUUCUAUUUGAUCGGUUGUCGACAUUCCCC